UGUUAGAUAAAUGAUUACUUUAAAUAGACCCUGUUAUUCUGGGACGGUGAAGGAAGAUUGUGGUGGUAAACCUUUGGCAGUUAACUAUAGCAAUUUAUGUCAAAUAAACCAAGAGAUAAUGUUAGAAACUCAAGUUUUGUACUGCCUUUUGUUCAAAAUUCUUUUCAUUUUAGGUUUUCUAAAAACUCUCGUGAUUCAUAAUGGUGUAUCAGUAUGCUUCAAGUUUUCCCCAUGUUGUCGUUGCUGAUGAUGAUGUCCCUACUGAUAAUGAUUCAUAUAAGUGUAGUGUUUUAAAGUCUAAUCAUUCGAUACUAGUUUUAUCUGGGAAAUUUGAAGGAAUUCCUGAUAAUUUGAUGAUAAAUGUUGCUACCUGGUUGCUACUUUUAAUAAUUUUCACAUUUUUAAGAAAAAGAGCUUGGGAUUAUGGAAGAAUUGCAUUGGUUCAAAAAAAUGAUCAAAGGUGGACACAAUUAUUUUAUGGUGAUGGUGCAGCAACAUCGCAUCAUCUUAACAAUGAAGAAGGUUCAAUUGAUUCUGUUGAGAUAGCUCUGCAUAUGGAUAAAGGAAUAUGUUCGUGGCUGAGAGCAAUUUUUGUGAUAAAAGAUGAUCAGAUAUUAAAAAGAAAUGGUCCAGAUGCUCUUCAGUAUUUGUCAUUUCAAAGGCAUAUAAUUGUUUACCUGGCAAUUAUCUGUGUAAUUUGUCUUACUUUAGUUCUUCCGGUCAAUUACCAAGGAGAUUUAGUUGAUGAAGAGAGCAAAUUUGGAAGAACUACUUUGAGCAAUUUGGAUCCUGCUUCAUCAUACUUGUGGGUGCACGUAGGAUGUUCCUUUCUUUUUUUAUUACUGGGUAUUUCAGUUAUGAAGCAUUUUUCUGCAAACUUGAAACUGAAUGAUAAUGAAAGUUUUGUUAAUAGAACGUUAAUGAUAUUUAAUGUGCCUAAAGACCUCUGUGAAGAAAGUAUUUUGCUACAACAUUUUCAAGAGGCAUAUCAAGAUUGCUCAGUGGAAAAGGUGAAUUUGGCAUACGAUGUUAGAACACUGACAAAGUUAGAUAGUGAAAGAGAAACAUCUACUCAUGCAAGAAUAUAUUGUGAAAAUAUUUUAAAAGAGACUGGUAUCAGACCUAGGAUGAGACCUCAUUAUUGUGGUCAUAUUUGCGUUUGUUCUAGAUGUGAACAAGUUGAUGCCCUAGACUACUAUACGGAGGAAGAACAUGCUUUAGCCACAGCUGUUGAUCGUCAAAGAUCAGUUUCUUUGUUAAAGCCUGUUGGAUUGGCAUUUGUCACAUUAAAAACCGAAGAGAUGGCAGAGAGGAUUUAUAAGGAUUAUCAAAAGCAUUGUCAGUGCACUGUAAGCCCUUCAUCAUCUAGUUAUUCUCGUCAGUUGAACCCUUACAAUUGGACGGUCGAUUUUGCUUACCCACCUGAAGAUAUAUUUUGGGAAAAUUUAAGUGUCAGCAAGAGCCUUUGGUAUACACGAGCUUUUACGACAAAUUUUGCCUUGUUUAUUCUUUUCUUUUUCUUGACAACUCCCACUAUCGUCCUUAGCUAUUUAGAUAUUUUAUACACACCCGCUGCUAAGAAAUUAGUGAGAGAAACUCCUGUAAUCAAAGACUUCUUCUCAACUUUGAUGCUCUUGUUGUUUUCUUCUUUAUUACCUGUAAUUGUGUCAUUCUCUGAUAGAUUUAUGCCCCACUGGACAAGAUCUUCACGUAACCACUCAAAAAUGUUGCGGACAUUUAUUUUUCUUCUUUUUAUGGUUGUAAUCCUUCCUCUACUGCAAUUAACAAGUGUGAAAGCAUUACUGGAAUGGAGUAUCAGGAAAGGAGAAACAUACCGUUGGCAGUGUGUAUUUUUGUCUGGCAAUGGAGCUUUUUUUGUGAAUUAUGUUAUAACAGCGAGUUUCAUUGGAACAGCCCUGGACCUCAUUCGAUUCCCUGAGCUCUUUAUGUAUGCAUUUUACAUUUGUUUCUCACGUUCUCGGGCAGAACAAGCUGGUUUACGAAAAGCCAUAUUGUGGGAGUUUGAGUUUGGAGUGCAGUAUGCCUAUUAUCUUUUGAUAUUUUCAGUGGUAAUCAUUUACAGUGUUUUGUGCCCCCUUAUAACACCAUUCGGUUUGGUGUAUGUUUGUUUGAAACAUUUUAUUGAUCGCUACAAUAUAUUUUAUGUGUAUGGCCCAUCUAAAAUAAGUAGAAAUAUCCAUGCAACAGCCAUCAAUUGUGUCGUAAUGUCUAUAAUUCUGAUGCAGAUGUGUAUUUUCUUCUUUCUUUACCUACGAAAUGGUUGGAUGCAAAUGUCCAUAGUAUCCUUAGGCAUAUGUUUGAUGACAGCUAUGAUUUUUAUUGGUCAAAUCUUUUUUCAGUGGUUUCUCAUACUCAGCCCAAUUUCAUACAAAGCAUUCUCUUCUCAAAGUCGUAGAAAUAGUUCAGAGCCCUCAAGAUCCGAUGAAAUUUCACAGCAGCCUUAUCUACCUAUGGUCCUAAAGCGCUCAGCCUCUAAGGGCGAAAUAUUUACAACCAUCAUCCAAGACAGAUCGUAUGGAACUAAUGAAGACAGCGUGCAGUCCACUCCUGAUGGGGGAAGUCUUAAUAUUCCUGACACCACCGAAUGUGAUAAUUUUGCAUCAGAACACUAUCAGAGAUUCUGAGCAUCACUUUACUUGUGAGAAAUGACAGGGUAGUGUGUGCAAUUUGAACUGUCGUUAUUUACUUAAAAUGCUAUUUUUGGUGCAAUACAAUAUUUAGAGUGUAAUAAAAACAAAUACUGAUCUCUUUUUAUAUAAUUUGCUUUGCAUUUUCUAUUUUCUUACGCCCCUAAUCUUAUUUAUCAAGUUUUUAGCUCAAAUCUGUUCAAUAUUUUUUUGGUAAUCCUAUUUAAAAAGUUUUUCGUGGGGAAGAGGAAAAAACUUCUUAGAAAAAUUAAUUAAAAUUUCAGUAUGUCGGAAAAAAUUAUUUUUUUAGAAAUCUUAAAUGUGCAAAUAUUGCAAAUAAAAAUUUGCAAUAAAAACUGCUAAAAAGAAGCCGUGAUGGCUUAGUGAUUAAGACGCUGAACCGUCAUCGUGAAAAAACUGGGGAUCGAUGUCCAGCAGUGGCUUGAAGCCUACAUAGCUGGUUACAAAAUUGUAGAGUCUUAACCGCCAUAGGCUGUUGCGGGAGGGCCUUUCCUUCUAACUGCUCAAAAGGGGAUUUUAUUUUAUUGCACAACUAUCGUUGAGCUGGCGACCCGAUUUUGGGUUUAUGAGUACUGAUGUUCAACUUCUUAGCCUUGUAAUUUGAAUUAAAUUCAGUAAACAAGGAAACUCCUGGAUCAAGUAUUGAGAGAAAUUUUCCUUCGGGGUAGAUUUUUUAUGUAACUAACCUGCAUUUGCAUUGCACCGACAGGUAAACCUUCCACAGUCAGCCUGAUGGAAAGGGACUCUAACCCAUUAGCCAUCAUCUACCACUGAGGAUAUUUGCGUCAGCACUGUGAUCGGAGAUUUUAGAAACCAAGCUAAAAUCCAUUAACUACUUAAAAAUGAUCAGAAAUCCACUUGGAGUGAUAAUGGAAUCAAGCCUCUCAAAAAGUAAUUAAUUUACUUAACAAAUCAAACUCCCCAUGGUGUAAUAAUAUUGUAUUCAAAAUAUCAGAACUUAAAAAACCAUGUUGAAAUUUGCAGAAUUAUUGCUGAAACAGUUAUUGAUAAAUUAUGCAGAUUUUUUACUUUGUGUUGUCAAAAGGCCAAGUAUAGUUUUUGUUUUCUAAUAAUUUUUCAUAUUUUGAACGAAAAACUGCCAGUCUAAGAAAACUUUUUUACAUGGAAAAGGUGAAAAGCAAAAUUUUUUAAAAGAAUUAAUUUAGUCUUGUAGUAAUAUGGGAAGAAAUAUAUUCGUAGAAAUAUGGGAUAAAAUGGUAGCAAAAGUAUACAUUACAUAAAAAGAAAAACUUUUUAAACAGGUUUUACUCUAUUUCACUAAAAUAAUAGUUUCAUAUAUAAAAUCAUUUAUUAUUACUGACUUUGCAGAUUUUCUUAGAAAUAGUUAAUAAAUAAGGUAUAAUAUUGUAAUUUGAGUUUAAAAAUGUUUUGAAUAGUUAACUGCUAAAGUACUUAGUAACGAUUUUCUAAACACUUACUUUUAUUUUUGCAUCAACCCAUGAUAUUCCUGCUUAUGCUUUUAUUUCAUAAAAAUGCUGUCAAAGUAAUCAUUUCAAUUGUCAUAUUUAUUUAGCUUCUUGUUGGACAUUAGUCAUUAUUUUAAACAUAAAACUUAUUAGUUUUAUUUGUGAUUUCAAAAGUAUUGUUUUACUGUUACUAAAUAGAACUUUGUUUUACAUCAUUAUUAUUGUUAUUACAAUUAAUUUCUAAUUCUGUAUGUAGAGAUUUCUAGGAAGCUUAUAACCUGAUAAAAGCUAUUGUGGUGAUUGAACGAAGGCGUCAAAUGUAAUUUAGAAUAUAUCAAUUUACCUUUAAAUAAUCUCAUUUUUUCUUCAAUUGUUUUCAUUACACAGAGAGUUUUGUCUUUCAAAGUAUAGAUAGUAUUUUCUAUGCAUUUUUGUAAACAUUUCAUUCUUAAGUUAAAGUAUUUGUUAAAUAUAACAUAUGAUUAUGUGAGACCAUUUAAAAACUAAACUCAGUGGCACGACAGCUCAUCGAUGGCACAUCUCAGUUUUUUUGCCGUUCGGCUCUGGGGUGCAGGAGCAGAUGUUCCGAUUGGGUGGUCAACCAAACGUGGAACCCCCAGUGCUUAGUCCUUAAGAAUGCUUGGUACUCAUUUCAUCGACCCACUGAAGGGAUGAAAGGCUGAGUCAACCUUGCCUGGCCCUCGGAUCAAACCUAGGACCCAUGGAAUGAAAGCGCAAAGCCCUAUUACUCAGCCACUGGGUGUCCAUUGUGAGACCAUUAUGUACUUUUAUUUUGCAAGUGUACUUUUUAUUAGAAUUUCUGAAAAACUGGACAAAAAAUAUAAGCUUUCACUUAACAUUGGUUAGAUGAAAUUUAAGAAAAUUAAUUUUCUAAAUUGAUUUAUAUGAAUUGAAAACAGUUCUAUAAUAUUUUAUGAUUGUUUAAAGAUACAAAUAAUGAUAGGAGAUAUUAUUUUAAUAUCUUAGGUGCAAGUAAAUACUAUUUGCUAAGCUAUUUCAAGUUCUUAGAUUGAUGGGCACUUAUAUAAGCGUUCCUAAUUACUAUAUUUUAACAAGACUUAUAAAUCACUAGUUUUAUAACGUCAAGUGAAGAAAAAAUUAUUUGCAUAAAUAUGUUAUUUGAUAAAAUACAGUUGUGACAAUGUGAUACAUAAAUGCACACGUUUUAAUUUUCUAAUUUAAAAGAAAAGUAUGUUAUAUUUUUAUUUAUUUAUUUUUGAAAAAAAAACCCAGCUUUUUAUAGUAUGCCAAAAGAAAAAGAUCUUUAUUACUUUUCAAAACUUGAAUUUAAAAAUGUAGAAAUUUUUAAAGGAAAUUUUUAUAGUUGGAAGUCAGUUAAAUCCAGCAGCAUGGAAAUGGUAUAAAACUGUGCAAUUCAGUGAACUGUUUGAAAGUAAUGUUAUUUAAAUGAUGUAGUUUUUAAUACUGCUUUAAAGAUAAUUAAUGAUAAGGUAAAUGGAAAAGAUUUUAUUAAUAAUGGUAAAAUAAAUUAAUAGUAAAAAUUGUCUCUCAACAGACAAAAAGCUAUUGUUAAAAAUUAAUGGUCUUUAAAGCACAACUAAAUUUAACAAAUGCUGAUUUAAAAAUUGUCUCCAAACUCCCCCCCCCCCUCCAUGUGCAUUCAAUUAUUUAAUAAAUAUGGAAUUAUUAUGAACAAAAGCUCCAUAAAAGUAAGUUUAGUAAAAUUCUAAACAUUUUGAACUGAUAGUUUCUUAUUUCAUUAUGUGAUAUGUAAUAAAUUCUGAAAUAAAUAUGUGAUCAUUUUAUAAUGUGAUUUGUAAUCAAAAAUUGAUUCACUCACUUAAAAUGAACACUACAUUUUUGAUAUGAUUUCCGACUUUCAAACUCAUUAUUAUAUUUUUGAUUAUAGUGUCAAAAUUAUUGGUCAGUAAUCUUAAAGAAUUUUCAACAUUUUAAGACAUGGUUACUGAAAUUUGGCGAAUUAUGUUCCCUUUCUGUUAAACUGUAUAUAAUUUCCCUUUUUAGAAAACUAAAUACUGUAAUACCUUUCUGUAGGGGGCACCAGACGAACCAAACUUUUUCUCCUUUAAAAAAAAAUUCAGAAAAUUUUAAUUUAAAAGAAUUCAGAUAAACCGUUAUUCAGAAGUCUUUUUUUUUUCAGUACAUGAGAAUUGAAAGUUUCUAAUUAAAAAAAAUAAUUUUUUUUGCUGAAAUAUAUAUGAACAAUGGAAUUUUGUUCUUGCAGAAAUUCAUUUAAAAUAAUGUAUCAAACUAAAUUAAAUUAUAGUUAAAUACUAGUAAAAAAUUUUUUUGAAUUAGAAUGUUUUAAUUAUAUAUAUUAAGCACAUUGACUGAGAUAUUCUUUCCGAAAUGUUAAGAAAUCUAUUCUUUAAACUUAGAAACAGCUGGGAUUCUUUUUUUUAUCAGCUUCACCUCAAUUGUUUCUUUUUUUUAAUUUUAUUAUUUUAUUCAAAUAUAUUCCCUAUCAAUCAACCCACCUUUUUUUUAUUUUAUCAAUGUUGUAAUUUGUUAAUUUUUACCUGAAUCUCUUCUUUUUUCAACACUCUGAGAGAUUCUUCAUCAUUUAACCGGAACUAUAUACUCUGUUUACAUAGCAGUAUGUGUUCUUCGCCUUGUUUUAGAUUAAUUU